CCCACUGUCUACCUCUCUCUCUGUCCCUUUCUGUCUUUAUUUUUGCUUGAAAUUUUCUCCUAAUAAAUGGGGUUUCCCUGCUUCACUACUUCAUCUUACUCUUAAAAAAUCCAAAUUACAAAGGCUGCCAUUGCUAUUGGGAAUUACAGUUCCGAGUAUGGCAAUGCAAACUCUGCAUCUUAAGCAACAUUAUGGGAUGGGCGUAGGAUCUGAGUCAGUUCUUGUGUGGUGUUGGGGUCAAUUGAAGCCGUUCUCAAUGGAACAUCCUUCUAGUGGAGAUCGUCAAUUCACUAAACAACCUGAGACUACUGAGGAACAACGAAAUCAUGGUGUAUUCACUGUAUUAUUCCCUGGUGAUUGCAAAGAUUCAGGGGAUGAACCAAUGCUUAAGGCAGUCAUCCCUAGGCAGCAAUCACUUCAGUCGGAACAUGGACUUGGUCAGCCCAUGGUUUGUGCAAAAUAUCCUUACUUAAUGGAUCAAGGCUAUGGAGUUUUCCCUACUUUUGGACCUCAAAUUUCGGGUCGUGUUAUGCUGCCGUUGAACUUGGCUACUGAGGACGGACCCAUAUACGUAAAUGCCAAGCAGUACAAUGGAAUCGUCGGCGAUACCGUGCAAAGGCUGCACUUGAGACUAAAGUGACUAAAGCUCGGAAGCCAUAUUUGCACUACUCGCGCCAUCUGCACGCAGUGCGUCGUCCAAGGGGAAAUGGAGGCCGUUUCUUGAACACAAAAAGUUCAAACACCGGCAAAGAUGGAAUGGAGAUGAUGAAAGCUAAUGAAGGGCAACUUUCUCGGCUUACAGGCUCACAAAUUUCUCAAGUCCUACAGUCUGACAGUGGAACCAUCAACUCGUACAAGGAACCAAAUGGAGGAAGCUCAACAUUUUCAGGGUCAGAGGUGAGCAGCAGCAUGUAUUCCAGGGGAGAUCUCAGCAAGUGGGUUGCAAUAGCAGAUAAGUAUUGUUGCAACCUGAAAAUUUGAUUCUAGGGGGAUUGGUGGGGAUUCGGUUUCCCACUUUCCCUGCAACAACCAAAGGGAUCAGGUUUCGGUUGCUAGGCAAAUCAUUCUUGGCUCAUCUCACUUAAAGCUCUUCUUUACCACUCUCAAUGCCAUUGCUCUCGAAGGUGUGGUGGAAGAUGCUCAAUUAAACCUAGUGUAAGAUAUAUAAUGGAUCAGUCAGACUAUAUACAUGGAGUGUUUCCACUGAUCCAACAAGAAAGAAACUUCAAAGUUUGUUUAAUUAUUAUUAUUAUUAUUAUUAUUAUUAUUAUUAUACUAAA